UCUUGUCUCGCGAUGUCUCCGUUUCGAGCCACGCCCGUUGCCUCGAGCUUUCGGGCAACUCGGCAGGAUGCGUCGACAAGGAUCCCUCUGAUUGGCUUUGGCUUCUACUCGGCUGUUUAGCCUUCUUCGGCCGUUCUUUGUGGAGCUUUACAUAUGCAGGCAACUAACCACCAGCCGCUGCUAUUAGUAGUUUGUACAAGCGGUACUACAUGUACUCGAAGGCACUGUACAAACAGUCCAGACCGACAACAUACUCUGGUUCAACACAUUGCAAGAGGUCUAUCUUUGCUACGUGUCACAAGGGCUCCUACCGAACAGCUUACCGUCUGGUCGAUGUGGGGACAAGCACACACCACCAUUGUCGCAGCAACGACCAAGUCAGAUGGCCCUCGCUGUGCAGCCCGCUGUCAGUUGUUCUGGGGUAGAAGGUAUGCACUACACUAAUAUGCCUAGUGUCGAAUCAAAAGAUGCUGUGCUCUCACACAACAUGCUCCUCGGUAGUGGCCCGGACUGAUGCACCACUGCAUAGCUACCACUGCAAUACCAAACACCACAAUCCCA